AUGCUAACAUCAACAGCACCGAGUCCACGGACUCCCGAUGGCUACGUCAUUGCAACCCCAGCCUUCUCUGCUGCUGUGGCGACACCUGGGCCGGGCCUCACGCCAGUCACCAAUUCAGACGACCUAGACGAUGCUCAUGCCAAAACAACACCGUCCGCAACCGGCUUCGAUAUUCUUCUGUCAACUUACCAAAACGAUGCUGAAUCUGUUCAAGCUGUCAUGGCUACGUCCAACACCGCCGAGUACGAGGAUGUCUUUCGCGCAGCGUUAUUCUUGGAAGCUGGAAAGGGCAUUUUAAACCUCGUCGAGAUUCUCUUUGACUUGUUUGCGGAAGACCCCAAGGACAAUGAUGGACAGACAUGCCUACACAUUGCCAGCAUUCACAAUCAGCCACAUGUUGUUGACUUUCUGCUCGGACGAGGAGUAGACGUCAACGUGAGACGGCAAGACGGCCGAACGCCAUGGACUGUGAUUGGUAGUUCUCCUAGCCACGAGGCCAUAUCCAAUCUUCUUAUUCAGGCGGGGGCCCGAGUCAAUGAUACGAGGCCAACUGAUGAAAUGAAUUGUCUUUACCAAGCUGCGGCGUCCAAACAUUCAUCCGAAAAGGAGCUGAUCCAUCAUACCGAACGCCUUUUCUCUGGGCGGCACUAG